AGAGAAAAACGAACACCAAAGCCUCAAGCGAUCUCGAGAGCCAGAGCACCCAAACCCGCCGCCGUGUCGUCGAUCAAGAGCAGCACCGACGUGGCGCCACCGCCGGAGUUGGGGCAUCGCGUCAAGGUGUCGCCACCGCCGCCGUUCGCCUCGGACAGGUGGGCCGCGGGCGGCGCCUCCUCGUCCGACGAGGAGGAGGACACCAAGAGGGCCAAGAACAAGAAACCCGGCAAGACGGUGCCGGCGAGGAAGACCGGCAAGGCCAAGGGAAAGGACAGGUACCUCGUCGCGCCACCGGCAGAAGCUGAUCAGGAGUUCAUGCCCGCGGCCGGCUCCCCCGACCCUUUCGCCGACGACGACGCGCUCCCGCCCUCCUCCUCGUUCGACCCGUUCGCCGACGACGCGGCGGCCGGGGCCGACGACGCCUACGUGCACCUCCGCGUGCAGCAGCGCAAUGGCAGGAAGACGCUGACCACGGUGCAGGGGCUCAGCGCCGGCUACAACUACGCCAAGGUGCUGCGGGACCUCAAGCGGGAGCUCUGCUGCAACGGCACCCUCGUCGAGGACAAGGAGCUCGGCAACGUCAUCCAGCUGCAGGGCGACCACCGCAAGCGCGUCGCCGGCUUCCUCGCCAAGGCCGGCCUCGCCAAGACGGACUGCAUCAAGGUCCACGGCUUCUAAUUAAGCCCGUCUCCACCAUCUGUGCCGGAGCGUUUAUUUUGUUUCGAGUCGGUCUGCGCUUGCGGUUUAGUUUCAAGUGCUUUUAAAUUAACUCUCGUUUGGUUUGUACUAGUAUCGGGUUUGCUGUUUGGUGAUUUGAUUUCUGUGUGAGUUUAGCCAUAAUGGCUUGCGGUUGUCGGGUUAAAUCGUGUAAGGGGAUUGUACGUUUGCUAUAUCAUCAAUAAUAAUGCAGACUUUAACAAUACCUUAA